AUGAACAAUCAAUAUUUUCGCUAUGAAGUCCUUGCCUGUGAGACUGGUGAGCUGAAAAUCUUCUGGGAAAAAACCAUUGAGAAGCAAACUCAACAUCUGAAAGCUGAGAAAGACCGUCUACAGAGAAGUGCAUUGACUAAACUCAGAGACGAAUGGAAAGCAAUGCUAGAAAAAAGAUUAAAAAUG